AUGUUUACAAGGGAGAUAACAGCUAAGGACGUGAAAGCCACUGAGAAAAACCGGAUUCGAUACUCUUCCAAGCACAUUAAACAUCUUCCUCCAGGAACCAUUACUGAUUUUCAAUGGAAGGAUUAUUGUCCCUUAGGAUUCAGACUUGUACAAGAGCUUGAGGAUAUUAAUCAUGAUGAAUACAUGAAAUCCAUCUGUAAUGACGAGACUUUAAGGAAGCUUUCCUCUGGGAAAGUUGGUAACAUGUUUCUUCUCUCCAAAGAUGACCGCUUUCUCAUUAAGAUUCUCCGCAAAUCCGAAAUCAAGGUAAUUCUAGAGAUGCUUCCUGGAUACUACCAACAUAUUUAUAAAUACAGGUCAACGUUGUUGUCCAAGAAUUAUGGAGCUCAUUCUGUGAAACCUAUUGGAGGUGUUAAGACAUAUUUUGUCGUCAUGUCAAACAUUCUGCAGUCAGAUGUUUUUAUGAACAAGGUCUAUGAUCUAAAGGGUUCAUCACAAGGUCGAACUAACAAAAAGAUCAAAGUGCGAGAUAAAACCAUUUUGAAGGAUAUAGACCUUGAUUUUCAUUUCUACGUGGAUUCCUUGGCAAGACACCGCCUCGUCAAGCAAACGAAGCUAGAUUGUCAACUUUUGGAAGAUGAAGGGAUUAUGGAUUACAGCUUAAUGCUUGGUUUACAAGUGAAAGGCUCAUGUCAAGGUUCGAUUGAUGGAUUAAGCCCUGUAUACGACAGUUUCACAUCACGAGGCUCUGUUGACAGCAAUAGCUCCAAGUUUAUGAAGACAGCUUCAAACUCUCCAGAUAGAUCCUCAACAAUGUAUUCAUGCACUCCAAGCAGAGAUUCAAUUGAUAGUGAGAACUCAGUGAAUAUACAAUCAGUUGCAAGCAUAAGCCUCAGUCCAGCUCCAACCAACGCUUCUGAUUCUCCACAAGGAAGCAUUGUCUCCAGAACAGCUCUCACCGACAUUUUCCAAAACAGCUCAAGCACAAACUUUGGGAUGAAGAUACCAGGACGAGCACGACGAGUGGGGAGAGGAGAAUCAGGGAGUGUGGUGGGGAAGAACGUUAGAGGAGGAGGAGAGGAAUGGUACGAUGUUAUAUUGUAUCUUGGGAUUAUCGACAUUUUCCAAGACUAUGGUGUGAGGAAACGCAUUGAACACUGUUACAAGUCUAUUCAACACAACUCUAAAACAAUCUCAGCCGUCCAUCCCAAGAUCUACUCUUCUCGCUUCCAAGACUUCGUCUCUCAGAUCUUCUUACCAGACGAAGAUCCUUCUCAUUGA